AUGACCUGGGAGAAUCACUCUGUAUUGAUGGAGUUUGUAUUUCUUGCCUAUCCCAACGACCUAGAGCUACGUUUGCUCUGCUUUCUUGGUGUCAGCCUGGCUUAUGCUUUGAUCAUCUCUGGGAACAUCCUCAUUGUAGUCUCCAUCCAGACAGAAACCCGCCUACACACACCCAUGUACUAUUUUCUGGGUAGCCUAUCAGGAAUAGAACUGUGCUACACUGCAGUGGUGGUACCCCACAUCCUGGCCAACACCCUACAGUCAGAGAAGAGCAUCACUCUGCUAAGCUGCGCCACUCAAAUGGUCUUCUUCAUUGGACUUGGUAGUGCUGAUUGCUUCCUCUUAGCGUCCAUGGCCUAUGACAGAUAUGUCGCCAUCUGUCAUCCCUUGCAGUACCCUCUUAUCAUGACUGUAACUCUUUGUGUUCGCUUGGUUGUGGCUUCUGUGAUCAUUGGCUUGUUCCUGUCUUUACAGCUUGUGGUUUUCAUAUUCUGUCUGCCAUUCUGCCAGGACAGGGGAAUAGAGCACUUCUUUUGUGAUGUGCCACCAGUAAUGCGUCUUGUGUGUGCCACAAGCCAUAUCCAUGAGCUCUCUGUGCUUGUAGCAGCCACGUUAGCCAUUGCUGUGCCUUUCUUUUUCAUUGCUUUUACCUAUGCCUUGAUAGUGGCUGCUGUGUUCAAGCUCCGCUCAGCAGCUGGUCGUCACAGGGCUUUCAACACCUGCUCCUCCCACCUCACUGUGGUGUUGCUACAAUAUGGCUGCUGUGCCUUCAUGUAUCUACGUCCCAACUCCAGCUACCAUCCCAAGCAAGAUCAGUUCAUCUCCCUAGUGUACACACUGGGAACCCCAUUCCUCAACCCCCUCAUCUACACUCUGAGGAACAAUGAGAUGAAAGGUGCUAUAGGAAAAGUUCUUACUAGAAAUUAUCUCACCCAGAAAAUUAUAUGA